AUGUCAGAGGAUCUAGCAAAACAGUUGGUUAGCUACAAAGCUCAACUCCAGCAAGUAAAAGCUGCUCUGUCUGGAAAUGGGGUAGAUGAAGAUCUGCUGAAAUUGAAGAAGGAUUUGCAAGAAGUUAUAGAAUUGACCGAAGACCUUCUGUCAACUCAACCUUCAGAAACUCUCGCAAGUUCAGAUAGUUUUCCUUGUGCUCAGCCCACUCAUUCAUGGAAAGUAGAGGACAGGUGCAUGGCAAUCCGGAGGGAAGAGGGACAGUGCUAUGAAGCAGAGACUGAGGAGAAAGAGGAAGAAAACGGCACUGCUGCAGUCACCUUUGCUGGUUCUGGCAAUGCCGAAGGGAUCGUCAAGCCUGUAGAGGAAGGAAGGAAGGCAAAAGGGGACAGUGGCUGCAAACCCAUGUCGAAAAAGAAAGGAUUGCCCAGCAGCUGUUUUUUUCCUUGA